AUGGCCGACGGCGCCGCCGAACAGCGCCAGGACAGCCCCGUCGAAAAACAAGAGACAGAAGAUGACGGGUCGCCCGCAGGUGUGAACAUCGGUCGCUUUGAGUCGUUUUUUUACCACCAGCCGCCAACGGUCGCGCGACCGGUGCUAGUCGCAGUUGUGAACGAGCCUUUAUACAGACCGGCACUGUGCGGGGUUCGCAGGCAGUCCGGCCUGUUGUCGUGCCGGCUGUUUGCGGUCAUCGCGGGCGCAGUGUUCAUGGCGCUGGUGGUCCUGUUUGGCGUCCCCAAGGACGAGCAGCAGCAGCGCGGACUAUCGACAGCCGCACGUCCCAACCUCCCUUCUGUGCCGAACGCCCAUCAGCCAGGGGCCUGGUCCAAUUUUUCGGGAAGCUUCUCUCUGGCAGACGGACGCAUCGCCGCGGGCCGACAAGACAAGCUGAACACUCCUGGCACACAAAACGGACAGCCCACACAAGCACGCCCGCUGCUGUGCGUGGUGUCUCGAUCGCUGAACAACCCGAUCCAGUACCCACGACAGCACUGCACGCACAUCGUCUAUCGGGACGUAGCCUUCAACCCGACUACCGGACAGUUCACCCCGGUGAAUUCGCCUACUUUUGUGGCGCUUCGGAUGUUGGUCGAGGUGACGAAGCAAAAGGCGCUGGUGGCUGUGGCUAACUUGGAGCAUCAUCGGUCACCCGACAAAGCGCUCCGACUGGCCACUGCUUUGGUCAAGUGGGUGCCAUCAUCAGGAUUCCAUGGCGUGGCUGCGCUCGGCAUCGACAGUAGUUCCGACAAGCUCCCAGACUUGGGCCCGUUAUUCAAGGAGCUGCACGAUAGCUUGAAGCCGGAGAAUCUCGAAUUUCUGGCUGCCGUGCAUGUUCGCGACUGGGACAUUCCCUCGAGUCUCGUCGUUGGUCGGCUCGCUGCUAUUGCACCGUACCUGGACUACCUGGUCUUCGAGACGCACUACGAUAACCGCUACAACAUCUGCCACAUUGCUUACUCGUCAGUCUUCUACUCGACCGGUGCACAACCAUCGCCCAGCGUACCCAUCGGUCAGGCAUUAACGUGGAUGAGCAGCCUGCUGAUGGAUCAGCGGCAGUACGCCACCACCUGCUUCUCGAUCAGCAUGGGCGCCGUCGUGUUCCGCGAUGCGACGGAGAUGCGCGGAUACUGCUCGGGCAGCGACCUCGUCUCCUACAUGCAGGUGUGCAAGGGUGCUGAGUGGCGGCCCGCCUCGACGGUGGCCAAGUUGGAUGCGCUGUCCGUGCUGCGGCUCGGCCACGGCCGCGUGGAGAGCCACGAGGAUGACCCGCUGCUCUCCAGCAAAGUGAGCCACGCGCUGGCCAACUACCCGCGGGCCUGCGUGGUCGCGUACGAUGUCGAUCUCGACGACUACGAGGGACAGUGCGACACCGAGCCGUUCUCCAGGCUGCGGAACCUCCGCCAUGCUGAAGUCCGUAAUGACCCACAGAUGGCGGCGCAGACCUUGGCAAAGUCACCCGAUGACGAACUAAAGAAGCGCUGCAUGCCGUAUGGAAAGGAGAACAAGCGUCCGCUGGUGUGCGUGCUGUCUGACCGCAUCGAUGUCGACCGUAACGUGUCCAAGCUCUUCUGCACUCACAUCGUGCUCUCGCUGCGUCGCUACGGUCGGCUGGACGCUCUGCAGGACAUCACCAAAGAGUACGUGGCGCAGCUGCGCAGCGCGGCACCGUCGGGCGCCUGCAUUCUGGUGGCGCCGCACGAGAGUGCGCUCGAGCAGAGCCACGAAGGCGAAGCCGUGCGCCUGGCCGAGGCCACCGCGGUGCAGCUGAAGGGAAAGGAGAUCGACGGGCUUGCGUUCCUGCAUGUGGCCCGCACUAGCGCUGCACUCGUCGAACUCGGACCCACGCUCGAGGUUCUGCACGAAACCUACAAGGCCGCCAAUCUCUGCCUGGCUCUGGAUCUCCAAAUUCUUGACCCGAGCACUCCAGCCGAAGAAGUCGGAAAAUCUAUUUCGCUUGUGGCCAAGCACGUUGAUUUGCUCGUGGUGAACACGCACUACCCGGGUCGCAUGGACCCAUGUCGGGCGAUGCCACUAGCCUCUGCGAUACAGCCGACCCGGUCCUGUAUUCCCACCGUGGCUACAGACACUGCCGUGCAGUGGCUCAAGGAUGUGAGCGAGAAGGGCCUCGCACUGAUCUGCCUCUCUGUGGACUUGCGCGUCCUCCGCUUCCGCACGUACGGCACGGCGGCACCAUUUGGCUCUUGCCGACGCGAGGAGGCGCUGGACUUCCCAAAGGCCUGCACUGGUGGUUCCUGGACGCAAGUGCACAAUGUUUCGCGUGACAGCCCCAUGUGGCUGGAUGGUUACAACCUGCAGACUUACGACACGGCAAGCUCCCUUUCAGAGAAGGUUCGGUCGCUGCUUCCCCUUCCGAACGCUGGCAUCGCUGCCUUCAACUUGGACUACGAGGACUACGCUGGGGUCUGCGAUGGUGGCGUCCCUCAGGCCCGUCUCAUGUCACUUAGGGCGGCACUCGACGAGGAAAACAUCACUGCCCAGACUACUCUAACACUUGAGGCUACAGAGCGUCCACUCGUGUGCGUGCUGUCUGCGGACGUGAAGAACGAGUCCCGCGUGCCGUCAUCCCACUGCACGCAUCUGGUGCACGAAGGCGCUCGAUACGUCGUACCCGACGAGAAGCUCGUCAUCCCCGAGAGCACGGUCAAUCUCGCCACGAACCGGAGCGAGCAGCGCCACUUGGUUGGACUAAACGGCAACGAGAUGGUGGACUUGCUCAUGAUGGCCGACGACAGGGAACGACGCGAAAUCGCCGCCAGGAUGGCCUCCGCCGUGCUUGACGCUAAGAUGCAAGGACUCGCCAUCCUCAACUUCAACAGGACGUCAAAGACGAUUGCUAACUUUGGAAGUGUGCUCGAGGUGAGGAUGUCCUCUGCGCACUUCUCGCAGCGGAGUCUUUAUCUAAUGCAGACUAUACGGAGCGUCUUCGCUAAGGAGCUGACUAUCAUAUUCGGUGCUGAAGUUCUGGACUUCAGCCUACCAGCUGAGAUCAUGGGACAGCGCCUGACAAAAGCAGCUAAACACGUGGACAUCUUCAUCCUGCAGACGCACUACCGGCGUCCCCGAGGUUAUUGCCGCGUCACCUACCCAUCGACAUACAGAGGAGAUACGCCACUCGUUACAUUGUCGGCAGCCGCUGCGUGGGCCCGGGCUAUGGAGACCACCAGCCGUGUGUGCCUCUCCUACACGAUGGGCGUGCUUCAGUUCCAAAAGGGAGACGCCAUGGGACCGGCCGCAUGCGACAACGUUACCCUCAUUGACCGGGCCGAGGCGUGCGACGAGAAAGACUGGGAAGUGGACGCAAACAAUACCAAAACUCUUUCCGUCAUUCGCAAGAAAGACAAAUUCAUACAGACGUUUGAAUCGCCAGAAUUCCUGGCCGCAAAGGUUUCACGAACGUUCAGCGAAAAUCCAGGGAGCUGCGUGGCCUUGUUCAAUGUCGAGCUCGAGGAAUCAACGGGCAGCUGCGGCAACACGCGCGCGCGCAAGUUCGCCCGCCUCGCGGUUGUGGCUGAGAAGUACAUUGAGCUCGACAGCAGGACCAAGUUCAAACAUCAGCUCCUGCCCAUGCUGACGAAAGUUGUGCCCAAUGACACCGCCUCCAAUUUAGCAGAAAAAAGACCGUUCGUGUGCCUGUUCAGCUCCUCGUGGACGAAUGCAAGCAUCAGCCCGGUUCCUUCACAGUGCACCCACGUGGUGCUCAGCGCCGAACCUCUGGACGCACCGAUUUUGGCUGCGAACAGAAGUGAGUGCUUUCCUUUAGACACUGAGCAGCUCACGUCGUUGUAA